ACUUUCCAGAAACACUCUGNGUAAUGACGCUGACAUUUCCAUUCCGAAUAGUCCAUGAUGCAGGAUUUGGACCUUGGUACUUCAAGUUUAUCCUCUGCAGAUACACUUCGGUUUUAUUUUAUGCAAACAUGUAUACUUCCAUCGUGUUUCUUGGGCUGAUAAGCAUUGAUCGCUAUCUGAAAGUCGUAAAGCCAUUUGGGGACUCGCGCAUGUACAGCCUAACCUUUACAAAGGUUUUAUCUAUUUGUGUUUGGGUGAUCACGGCUGUUUUGGCCUUGCCAAACAUCAUCCUAACAAAUGGUCAACUAACUACAGAAAAUAUUCAUGACUGCAUGAAACUGAAAAGUCCCCUGGGAGUCAAAUGGCAUAAUGCAGUCAUUUAUGUCAACAGUUGCUUAUUUGUGGCCGUGCUAGUGAUCCUGAUUGGAUGUUACAUAGCCAUAUCUCGGUACAUCCAUAAAUCCAGCAGGCAGUUCAUAAGCCAGUCAAGUCGAAAGCGAAAACAUAACCAGAGCAUUCGGGUGGUCGUGGCUGUGUUUUUUACCUGCUUUCUACCCUAUCACCUAUGCAGAAUUCCUUUUACUUUUAGUCACUUAGACAGACAGUUAGAUGAAACUGCACACAAAAUCCUGUAUUACUGCAAAGAAAUGACACUUUUCUUGUCUGCAUGCAAUGUGUGCCUGGAUCCAAUCAUUUACUUUUUCAUGUGUAGGUCAUUUUCAAGAAGGCUAUUCAAGAAGUCAAAUAUCAGAACAAGGAGUGAGAGUAUCAGAUCACUGCAAAGUGUCAGAAGAUCAGAAGUCCGCAUAUAUUAUGAUUAUACUGAUGUGUAGGAGCCAAAGACCACUGGGCCUUCUCUUGUUUGUUGAGGUCAAUAUGUACAAAGUGUAAAUAAAUGUUUCUUUUGAUUAGCCUU